GGCCCGGCCGAGCGGAGCCGAGCGGAUCGCUGGGCGCUGCGCAGAGGGGCUGCUGGAGUGCCCGGCUCGCAGUCGCCGAACCGAGCCUGUUCCUGCUGCCGACCCGCCGAGGACCCUGGACAGUAGAGGCCCCGAGACCACAGAGCUGAUGGCGUCUUCGACCCCUUCUCCGUCCGCAACCUCCUCGAACGCGGGAGCGGACCCCAAUACUACCAACCUGCGCCCCACAACGUAUGACACCUGGUGCGGUGUGGCCCAUGGAUGCACCAGAAAACUGGGGCUCAAGAUCUGCGGCUUCUUGCAGAGGACCAACAGUCUGGAAGAGAAGAGCCGCCUCGUGAGUGCCUUCAAGGAGAGGCAGUCCUCCAAGAACCUGCUGUCCUGCGAAAACAGCGACCGGGACACCCACUUCCGGCGCACAGAGACCGACUUCUCCAACCUGUUUGCGCGAGACCUGCUUCCAGCUAAGAACGGGGAGGAGCAAACCGUGCAGUUUCUGCUGGAAGUGGUAGACAUACUCCUCAACUAUGUCCGCAAGACAUUUGAUCGCUCCACCAAGGUGCUGGACUUCCAUCACCCACACCAGUUGCUGGAAGGCAUGGAGGGCUUCAACUUGGAGCUCUCUGACCACCCCGAGUCCCUGGAGCAGAUCCUGGUUGACUGCAGAGACACCCUGAAAUAUGGGGUCCGCACAGGUCAUCCUCGAUUUUUCAACCAGCUCUCCACUGGAUUGGAUAUCAUUGGCUUAGCAGGUGAAUGGCUAACGUCAACUGCCAAUACCAAUAUGUUUACAUAUGAAAUUGCCCCAGUGUUUGUCCUCAUGGAGCAAAUAACGCUUAAGAAGAUGAGAGAGAUAGUUGGAUGGUCAAGUAAAGAUGGUGAUGGGAUAUUUUCUCCUGGGGGCGCCGUAUCCAACAUGUACAGCAUCAUGGCUGCUCGCUACAAGUACUUCCCGGAAGUUAAGACAAAGGGCAUGGCGGCCGUGCCCAAGCUGGUCCUCUUCACCUCAGAACACAGUCACUAUUCCAUAAAGAAAGCUGGGGCUGCACUUGGCUUUGGAACCGACAAUGUGAUUUUGAUAAAGUGCAAUGAAAGGGGGAAGAUAAUUCCAGCUGAUUUUGAGGCAAAAAUUAUUGAAGCCAAGCAAAAGGGAUAUGUUCCUUUUUAUAUCAAUGCAACUGCCGGCACGACUGUUUAUGGAGCUUUUGAUCCGAUACAGGAGAUUGCAGAUAUUUGUGAGAAAUAUAACCUUUGGCUGCAUGUUGAUGCUGCGUGGGGCGGUGGGCUACUUAUGUCCAGGAAGCACCGCCAUAAACUCAGCGGCAUAGAAAGGGCCAACUCAGUCACCUGGAACCCUCACAAGAUGAUGGGCGUGCUGUUGCAGUGCUCUGCCAUUCUCGUCAAGGAAAAGGGUAUACUCCAAGGGUGCAACCAGAUGUGUGCAGGAUACCUCUUCCAGCCAGACAAGCAGUAUGACGUUUCCUACGACACUGGGGACAAGGCAAUUCAGUGUGGUCGCCACGUGGACAUCUUCAAGUUCUGGUUGAUGUGGAAAGCAAAGGGCACAGUGGGAUUUGAAAAUCAAAUCAACAAAUGCCUGGAACUGGCUGAAUACCUCUAUACCAAGAUUAAAAACAGAGAAGAAUUUGAAAUGGUUUUUGAUGGCGAGCCUGAGCACACAAAUGUCUGUUUCUGGUAUAUUCCACAAAGCCUAAGGGGUGUUCCGGAUGGCCCUGAGAGACGGGAAAAACUACACAGGGUGGCUCCAAAAAUCAAAGCCCUGAUGAUGGAGUCAGGCACAACCAUGGUCGGCUACCAGCCUCAGGGAGACAAGGCCAACUUCUUCCGGAUGGUCAUCUCGAACCCAGCCGCUACCCAGUCUGACAUCGACUUCCUCAUUGAGGAGAUAGAAAGACUGGGCCAGGAUCUGUAAUCACCCUUUGCAAAACAUGAGUUUAUGGGAAUUCCCUUUCCUCUCUGGCAUUCUAGAACAAACUUCUACAAAUUGCUGACACACAUAGGCCAUUUCAUUGGAAGAAAAAUAAUAUCUUUGAAGAAUACUGUUAAAACGUUACUUAAGCUUGUUUGUUAUAGCUAGCAAGGAAAUAAUGUUCCUUUUAAAAAGUUGCACAUUAGGAACACAGUAUAUAUGUACAGUUAUAUAUACCUCUCUCUCUCUCUCUCUCUCUCUCUCUCUCUCUCUCUCUCUCUCUAUAUAUAUAUAUAUAUAUAUAUAUGUAUAGUGAGUGUGACUUAGUCAUAGAUCAAAGCAUGUCUCCCACCCCAAGAGAAUUAACUUUACUCUCAGCAGUUAUUGAAGGGUUAAACAUGCUGCAAACCAGCUUGCCCAACAACCACGAGAAAGAUGUUUUUCAAAAUGCUGUGUCCUAGGGACCAAGGGAAAUGCUGUUGGUGGGAGUUGAGCUCACUGUCAGUGUUCUCCCUCCCAAAGUAAUGAUGAAUGAGGAAAAGCACCAGUAGAUGACAAGAGUCACACCCUCCCCAUUAGUGUCCUGUUAGGGGAAAGUAGUAGCAGAGUCAUUGUUACAGGUGUACUAUUGCUCCAUUUUUAGAGAUCAAUUUGUGUAGAUUGUGUAUAUUACUGUUGUCUGACCUCGGCGGGGAGAGGGAGGUACAUGUAAUGAUUUCAAUGACUAUUUAAUUGUAGAUCAGUGAAAUAUUUGCUUAUUUAUAUUCAGAGAUUUACCAUGUUAAAGAGGCAUCUUGUAUUUUCUUCUCAUUUGUAAUGUAUCUUAUUUAUAUAUUAAUGAAGUAAGUGCUGAAUACUGUUUAUGGUAUUUUUGUGCAUUUGUGAGCCAAAGAGAAAAGAUUAAAAUUAGUGAGAUUUGUAUUUAUAUUAGAGUGCCCUUAAAAUCAUGAUUUAAGCAUAAGUUUACUGUCUGUAGAAGAAUUCUGAUACUGUAUAUAGAGUCAUAUAUAUGGAAAUCCUAUUCCUUAAAUAGCAUCUGCUCUUCCACUACCCUUUCUGUCUGGCUGUAUGACUGGUGUUCUCAAUGCUUUUCUAGUAACUGUUGGAUAAUAACUAGAUCUCCUGUAAUUUUGUAGUAGUUCAUGACCAAUCUCUGUGACUUGUUUAGCUGAAACCUAAGGCAAUGUUUCCGAAGACCUUCCGAAGAUCUCAGAUAAAUUGACCAGGCUCACAACUGUUUCUAAAGGAAGGAAGUUCACACUGUGCAUUUUAGAGUAUGCAGGAAGAAUAUAAAUAAAUAAAAAUAUUCUCAAUGGAGAAUUUGAACAAAA